AUGGAUGACUUCAGUUCUAUUAGCCUGUUAUCCCUGGCUAUGUUGGUGGGAUGCUACGUGUCAGGAAUAAUUCCCCUCGCAGUCAAUUUCUCGGAGGAACGUUUAAAGUUGGUGACAGUGCUGGGUGCAGGUCUGCUGUGUGGAACAGCAUUAGCAGUCAUUGUCCCAGAAGGCGUCCAUGCUCUCUAUGAAGAAGCACUAGAAGCUAAACAUCAUGAAAUUGGAGAAGUCCAGAAAGUGAAGGAAUCCGAGACUGGAGCUGAGGUCUUGGCUACACAUGAUCAUGAUCACUCUAAAUUACAUGCUUACAUUGGAGUCUCAUUAGUACUUGGCUUUGUAUUCAUGCUGCUGGUGGAUCAGAUUGGUAGCUCUCAUGUGCAUUCGACAGAAGAUCCAGAGGCAGCAAGAGCAGCCAGUUCCAAAAUCACCACAACUCUGGGUCUGGUGGUGCAUGCUGCAGCUGAUGGUGUUGCUCUCGGAGCUGCAGCUUCUACUUCCCAGACCAGCGUUCAGCUGAUUGUGUUUGUCGCCAUCAUGUUGCAUAAGGCUCCAGCAGCAUUUGGCUUAGUUUCGUUCCUCAUGCACGCAGGGCUGGAGCGUAACCGCAUCCGGAAGCAUUUACUUGUAUUUGCUCUUGCAGCCCCUGUCCUGUCAAUGCUGACAUAUCUGGGAUUGAGCAAGAGCAGUAAAGAGGCCUUGUCAGAGGUCAAUGCCACUGGUGUCGCAAUGCUUUUCUCUGCUGGGACAUUCCUCUAUGUAGCCACAGUCCACGUACUUCCCGAAGUAGGCGGAAUGGGACACAGCCACAAACCAGACUCAGGUGCUGCUAAAGGACUGAGCCGUAUAGAGGUGGUGGCCUUAGUCUUAGGAUGUUUAAUACCUCUCAUUUUAUCCGUUGGACAUCAACACUGA